UAAACUCAAGAAGCGUGUGUUCACUUAACGCAAAAAGCAAAAGAUUAUAGACUCAAGAAGCAUGCAAAUGAAGUUGGAACAUGCAAUAUUCGUGAGCAAAAACUGAGGUUUCAAUUUCUUUUAAAAUUGGAGCAUCCACCAAUAAAUCAACCUGGUUCUUGAACUAACCUCAAUCAAAGCUUCUUGAGUUCAGAAAUGGAGAUCCCAUUACAAGACUCCUAUUAUUCAUUCCUUCUCGCCGAUUUUCAUCUCUUGGCAGCAACGGCAUUGCUCUUGAUUGUCUACUUCUUUUCUUGUAGACCCACUUGCAUUUAUCUCAUAGAUUUCUCUUGUUAUAGACCACCAGACGACUUGCGAGUCUCAACUUCCAAUUUCAUCGAACACUUCGAAAUCUGUGGCCUUCAUGAGAGAUCUGCGAUAGAUUUCUCGAAUAAAGUGGCUGAAAGAUCGGGCAUUGGAUGUGAGGCCGGCUUUCCACUUUCUCUGCAUCAAAUUCCACCGGAUAAUUCUCUCAACCCAAGUCGAGAAGAAACAGAAACCAUUCUUUUCACGGCUGUGAAGGAUCUCUUCAGCAAACACAAUAUAAAUCCCAAAAACAUUGACAUACUUGUAUCCAAUUGUAGUAUUUUCUGCCCUACACCAUCCAUUACAGCCAGGAUCAUAAACAAAUUUGGAUUUAGAAGUAAUGUGAAGAGCAUUAGCCUCAGCGGAAUGGGGUGCAGUGCAGGACUCGUGGCUAUUAGUUUAGUUAAAGACCUCCUGAAAGUCCACCGGAACUCAUUGGCUUUGGUUCUUAGCAUGGAAGCAGUGACUCCAAAUGGUUAUAAAGGUAAAAUGAAGUCCAUGCUUCUUGCCAACGCGCUAUUUCGAAUGGGAGGAGUCGCUAUCUUGUUGUCCAAUAAGAAAAGCGACAAAAGAAGAGCGAAAUACAAACUCCAACAUCUGUUAAGAACACACAUGGGAUCAGAUGAUCAAUCUUACCAGUCUGUUUUCCAGGAAAAUGAUGAAUCCGGGUACGUGGGAGUUUCACUAUCAAGAGAACUUCUACAUGUGGCAGGAAAUGCUUUGAAAACAAAUUUAACAGAGUUGGGUCCAUACGUUUUACCAUACUCCGAACAGAUCCACUACGGACUCUCAGUAAUUCAUAGGAAGUUUUCAACUUCAGCAAGGAAAAAGGAGAUAUAUGUACCUAACUUCAAGAAGGCAUUUGACCAUUUCUGUAUACAUGCUGGAGGAAGGGCAGUAAUCGACGCUAUUGAGCAAAAGCUAAGGCUGACUAAAGAAGACGGAGAAGCCUCGAGGAUGACACUUUAUCGCUUUGGUAACACUUCAUCGUCUUCUGUUUGGUACGAGCUAAGCUACCUAGAGGCAAAAGGCAGGGUCAAAAGAGGAAAUAGGGUCUGGCAAAUUGGUUUUGGGAGUGGAUUUAAAUGUAACAGUGCAAUUUGGGAAUGUGUUUCAGAUUUAAAUCCCAAGAUAAGAAAUGCAUGGUCAGAUAGAAUACACAAGUAUCCCGUGGACAUCCCAGAUGUUGCUGAUCAUUGACCCAAGUUAUCAUUGUUAGUCAACAUAUAGUUUUCUUAAUAUGAAUUUCUUUCUCCACUCCAGGCAUCUUAAAUGAGCAAUUAUUCACAAUUGCACAGGAAAAAAAUAAAAAAAUAAAUAAAUAUAGGAUGCAAGUCAAGUCAUCCUCAGGGCAAAAGUCAAUUGUUGAUAGAAAACAUGUAAACAUUUUUCAGUUUUAAGUAUAAGACAUUUUUCAGUAGAAA